AUGGGAAAAUAUGAUGAAAUUGUUGAAGAAUCAGUCGAAAGCCAACAGCCUAUGUCAAUUCUGUCAGCACCUGGAGAACCAAAUGAAGCAGCAGUUAGUCAAAGCCUUAUCACGAUUUUAGUAAAAGUCUCUGACACUGACACUCGUUCAAUUUUGGUAGACCCUGCAGCAGAAAUCGUAGGAAAUUUGAAAAUUAAGCUUUUUCCAAAAGAAAUGCAGGAAAAUAAAUACGUAAGACUUAUUUUUGGAGGGAGAGUUUUGGUUGAUUCACAUUUAAUUUCGCUUUAUAAAUUGAGCGAUAAAUGUGUAAUUCAUGGAUUUGUGACUGAUGUAGUGGAUGAACAGCCUGGGUCAUCAAGAACGAUGCUGAGGAGACAACAAGCAAGAGGACUUGAUAAGCUUGAAGAGUCUGGGUUCACUGUUGACGACAUUCAUGGGAUGAAAUUCCAUUUCCAUGCUAUGUGUGUAUAUAGUGGUAUUAAUAAAGACACUGAAGAAGAAAAAGUGGCUUUGGAGGAAAAAUGGCUGGAAGGGAAGCUGCCUAUUAUUAACGCGAGUCCUGAUGAAAGAACCAGGAUUCAGCUGAAUUCUUUGCAUGAACGAGGAGAUGGGCUGAAUUUCAUUUUGGGGUUUUUGAUUGGAGUCUUGUUAAGUUUUUUGAGCUUAUUCGUUUUAAAGUACUUUAAAUUAAACGAAUUCCAGAAAUUUGGCACACAGGUUGGCUUGGUUUUAUCUUUGCCUAUUUUUAUUUUGACCCUCGUCAUUAUUUUUACAGGAGAAUUUUAG